AAAAAUCUUAGGUUAGAAUUGUGUCGUUUUAAAAUAUAGACUUAACACGAGGAUAAUUGUACUUUAACAAGAUUUAAAAGGUGGCCACAAUGUCGAUUUUGGAAUAUUCGAAAGCACUCGUUGCACGGGGAAGAUCUUCGUGGAAAAACGUCCACAACUGUAAACUGUGCCCCUAUUUUACGACAUCAGUUGUGUGUAUGGUGAACCACGUGCGACGACAUCGCUCAUCUCUGGAAAAAUUUACAUGCUCUGAAGCCAAAAUCGAAGUAUAUUAUUGCAAAGACUGCGACUUUAAAACGGAACUAACGAUUCUGUUCAAACAACACAUUAACAAACAUCACGGCCUUAAGAGCGAAUCUAGAGAAGAUUUGACAAGUGAGAACUUCAGCAUACGAAACUACGUUUGCGAAAAAUGCGCCUUCCAAACAAAUUCCUUGAUAAAUUUGCUUCAACAUACUUCUGCAUGCACAGAAAGGAAAGAAAAUCGUUUGAGCCAGAAUAUCACCUAUGAAAAAGACGGUGAAUGGUACAAGUGCCAAAAAUGCCCUUUCAAAACCAAAUUCAAAAAAAGUUUAAGAAACCACAUGAAUAACUUACACUCGCGGGCGGAAGACGUUAAAUGGCACCAAUGCACGGAGUGUCCAUUUAAAUCUAAACAUAAGGGAUCUUUAAACAGCCACUUCCUUGUGAAACACGUAGAGGAAGAAAAGGUUAAAUGGCACCAAUGCGACAAAUGUCCGUUCAAAACCAAACACCGCUCGGCUUUAAAACAUCACGUUAUUAGUCAACAUUUAAGUGAAGAAGAAGUUACGUGGUACGAAUGUCCCAACUGUUCGUAUAAAAGUAAAAGGAAAGAUCAUUUGAAACAGCAUAUGACUCGCCAUAAAGAUAUCGAAUCCGAAUCAUGUCCAUGUAGGGUUAAGGUAGAAAGUCACUUAAAGAAACACAUGGACAACCACCGUUCCGGUUGUAAGUGGUACAAAUGUGACCAGGACGCUCAAUGGCAGCAGUGCGAAAAAUGUCCUUUCAAAACUAAAGCAAAAGGGUAUUUAAAAACCCACAUGCGUCGCUUACACUCGCGGGCAGAAGACGUUAAAUGGUACGAAUGCGAAAAGUGCCCGUUCAAAACUAAAUACAGCUGGGGUUUAAAAUCUCACGUGAUUUGUCAACAUUUGGGUGAAGAAGAAGUUAAGUGGUACGAAUGUGCGAGCUGUUCGUAUAAAUGUAAACUAACAGAUGUAUUGAAAACGCAUAUCAGUGUUCACCACUCGGAUAUCAAAUCAUUUCAGUGCGAAUAUUGUCCAUAUAAGGCGAAACGCAAAAAUCGUUUAAAGCAGCAUAUAAAUAUCCACCAUUUGGAUGGAGCGGAUGUUACGUGGUACAAAUGCGACCAAUGUUCGUAUAGAGUUAAAAAUUCAUCAUCUUUAUGGAAGCACAAAAGAAAACAUGUAUAGGAUUUAAUUUUGUUUAAUGUAGUAGCAUUAACCUGUGUAAUAACUUUAAUAAAGGUGUAUUUUUU